AUGUAUGUGUUUGUACGUACUCGCGCCGUCCACUUCUUUCCACAUUUCAGAUCAUGCCGCCGAUACCUGAGACCUUAUUUUCUCGGUUCUUCUUCAUCCCGUCUCAUUUAUGACAUAAUCACACAUGUUUGUGCUCUAUUCUGCCUCAAUUACCUGGGCAUCGCGUUCCUGUUACUCAAAGCGCACCAUGUUGUCUAUUUUUGGCGACAAAUGCGCUUUCUUGGACACAUUGUUCCGCUGUUGCUGAUCAUUUUUCUACCCUUAAUAUGUUCCAAGCCAACUGAAACGUCCGAACUAGACCCGAGUCCAAUAUCUGUACGAAAAACGAUCAAACUGCACGAAACGAUCCAACCAUCAGAAAAAUCUAUCUCAUCACACCUCCAUUAGUUUUUUGCCAGUCCACAUAGGCAUUCGUGGAUAUCACUUAUCUUGGUGUCCGGUUUCUUUAUGUAAACUGGUUCCGUUGCCGCUAUUUUUAUUUCACCUAGUUUUUUACAUCUGUUCACAACCCUUUUAGCGCUUGUUCCAUGACCACUCCACACUUGGCGCUUUUCCUGUGUGACUUCACUGCUUUUGAUGUUUUAGAGCAGAUUUUUUUUAGAAAUUGUGCAGUUUGCUUGCCACGUGGCCAAAUUGUUUCUACCCACCAACACAGCUUUUGUUCGUUCACUUUCCUGUGCGACUCACUUGUAAUGAGGGACAUAACAUUUCAGCAGCCCUUUAUUGUUUCCUUCAAGGUACACUUUUUUGUUGCGCCUGUCUUAAUAAAUGAAAAAAUAAACUUUAUUCUGGACGAUGCGAGCGACGCCUGUACCGGCAUGAUCCGGUAAUUACACACUUGUAUAAAACGCUG